AAUGUCAAGCAUCGAAAUUCACAAUUAUUUCAAACGAAAGUGCGCAGAUUGGAGCCUUAUAGGAUUUUUAAAUGAAAGCAAAGAAGAACCUUUCCAGCUGAAAAUGGACUUGUACUUGAGAUCCCUUAGGUUGAUUAUUAAUUGCGAAAAAGGAAUUAGGAAGGAAAAAGCACAACUUCUCCAUAACAAAUAUAAUAGCAAGACAAUCGAGCCACAAACUAGUGCUGGAACACAGGAUACCGAACCAAACUAUAAAAUGGCAAGAAAGUGGGAAACAGAGCAUUCAAAGAAACAUAUUUAUCUUAACAAAUCAAUGUUUAUGGAGAUUGAGAGCGCAAGUGGAACUGUGAACAGUGGAACCAUCAAUGAGACCAUCAAUAAUGAGACCAUAGGUUGUGGAGCUUUCGAUAAUAAUCACGAAAAAAAACAGAACAUGAGGAUAAAGAAGAAUAAGAUUGUUGCAGAUCUCCUUCCUGAUGACCAAACACACUCGAAAAAACCUCUCAUGGAGUCCCACCAGAAUCAUAAUUCGACAUCUGAUCUUUCUACUAAAUUUAAUUGUGAAGAAGAUGUAGAUAUCGAGUCUGAAUAUUAUGAUGCCAGGAAACGAUAUAAGAUUCUUUAUUCAUGGGAAGAUGUAAUUGAUAAGGUUGAUUUCAGAGAACUUCUAAAGAGGAUUUGCCUUUCAAAUAUAAUGCUUAUCGAGCGUACAAAAUCUUCAUAUUUCACUAUCACUUCAGCAAUUUGGAACAAAAUCUUUCGAAGACAAUUACCUCCAAGUCUGCCACCAGUAGUGAAUAAUAUGGCUCUCAAAUAUUCUUCCAUGUUGAAUUCUUUUACAUUAUUGAGUGAUAUUCAGGACGUAUGGUAUGCUAAUUUUUCUAAAGUUGUAAAAUUGAAUGUUCAAGACAAGGACAAAUUUUGUCAGGCUCAAAUUAUUUUUCGAAAUUUUUUAUUGCUGAGUUCGAAAGGCAUGAAUACCAAUAACGAGGACACCUUUGUCUAUGAAACUUUGCAUGACCUAUUUAAAGAAAUUUUUCACGAUUCAAUGUUUGAGCUGAUAUGGGCAAAUAGCGAGAGCUCCGUUUCAAAAAAUUGGCGUUAUAGUUCUAGCGACAAGGAAAAUUUUCGAGGUAAAAAACCCGAUUUUAAAAUUGUGACCAAUAUAAGGGAUGAGAUUCUUUUUAGUGAAGCUAAACCAAAAGACUCAUCAUCUAUAUUGAUCAAUAAAGAUUUUGAUUGGACUAGUUUCUUUUGGUAUUUGGGUUUGCGCGCACGUAUUCACAUCUAUGAGAUGGAUAUAAAUUAUGAUAGAAUUUAUAGGAUGUUCUUAACAGCAAAUGUACUCACCCCAACAGAACCGGCGCAAUUUUUAAGUUUGAUACCAGUGUUAGAAGCAUUAUAUAAUGUCAAGGACUGUAUUUCUGAAACAUUGAAAGUAAUCACUCCUAGUACACCACCUAGUCCGUCACGUUCUACUUAUCGCAGAAUGUCCAUCCCCUCACCUAAACCUAUCAAG